CAGCUGACAUGCGCCCGCGGCCCGCCGUCUGACCGGAUUUUGCAGUUUGGGCGUGCUCCUGUUCCAGACACAAAAUGGCGGACCAACAGUUUUGCCUGCGAUGGAACAACUUCCAGAACAACAUCAUCUCGUCGUUCGAGUACCUCCGAUCGGAGGAGGACUUCGUGGACGUGACGCUGGCCUGCGAGGGCAGGAGCCUAAAGGCGCACAAGGUCAUUCUUUCGGCCUGCAGUCAGUACUUCCGUGACCUUCUCAAGACCACGCCGUGCUCGCAUCCGAUCAUCGUGCUGAAGGACGUCUCGUUCGACGACCUGUUGUCCCUCAUGUGCUUCGUCUACCAAGGCGUCGUGUACAUCGGCCAGGAGCGUCUGACGCAGUUCCUCAAGACGGCCGAGUUUCUGCAGAUCAAGGGCCUCUCGGAGCACUGCAUCGGAGAGCCGUUCGCCCGCCAGCAGCCGGCCACGCAGUCGUCGCCCAGCCAGUCGGAGGAGGCGCUCAGCCUCGUCACCGAGACGUCCAUCCUGCGCCAGCGGAUCGAGGGCCGCUCGGCCGACCUCGAGCCGGUCAAGGUCGAGACGAACGGGCCUGGCAGUCCGGCCGGCGAGCACGCCAAGCUCUCGCCCGGCCCGCUCCUCAUGGACCCGAAUGCUAUCAGCAUGGUGGGCCGCGAGUCGAUCGGGUUCCCGUUCCUGUCGCAGCCCGGCACGAGCUCCCUGCUGGCCACCGCCACGGCGCUGCCGCCGGCCGGCCCGGACGAUCAGCAGAUGUCGUACGCGGCCGGCGCGGAAGAGAGGCGCAGUCGCCAGUGGAGCUCGCGCCAGCCGCGCGUCUGUCCAAUAUGUAACGGGCUCUUUUCCAACAAGUUCAACCUCAAACAGCACAUUGUCAACGUGCACACCAGCUCCGCCGGCGUCGAGUGCUCGCUCUGCAAGAAGGUGUGCAAGAACAAGUGGUACCGGCGCCGCCACGAGGUGGUCGUGCACGGCGCGCCGCUCAAGCGCGGGCGCCUCGGCACCGACGUUUUCUAGCCGGCCCAUCGCAACCACUCUCCCUCCCAACCGCCCCGCCCACCCCGACGUCCCACUCCCGAACCGUGCAAUACCGCGGGCGCCAGGUCGA